UUCUCUGCUCGCUCUGUUCGUCUCUGUGCGCAGUAAAAUGGCAGAAGCUGCUCUAAAAGCUCUGGACUCUUUAAACUGUCCGAUCUGUCUGGAUCUACUGAAGGAUCCAGUGACCAUUCCCUGUGGACACAGCUACUGUCGGGACUGUAUUAAGGGCUGCUGGGCUCAGGAUGAUCAGAGGGGGGUCUACAGCUGCCCCCAGUGUAGACACAGCUUCACUCCAAGGCCUGUUCUCAACAAGAACACCAUGCUGGCUGAACUAGCUGAGGGUCUGAGGAAGACGAGGCUCCAAGCUGCUCCUCCUGCUGGAUCUCCUGCUGGAUCUGGAGAUGUGGAGUGUGACGUCUGCACUGGAUUAAAACUCAGAGCUGUUAAAUCCUGUCUGGCGUGUCUGGCUUCUUACUGUGAAGCUCAUAUUCAGCCUCACUAUGAAUCUCCUGCAUUAAAGAAACACAAACUGGUUGAAGCCUCCAUGAAUCUGCAGGAGAAGAUCUGCUCUCUUCAUGAUAAGCUUCUAGAGGUUUUCUGUCGCACUGAUCAGCAGUGUAUCUGUUAUUUGUGUGCAAUGGAUGAACACAGUGGUCAUAAGACAGUUUCAGCUGCAGCAGAAAGAUCUGAGAAACAGAAGCAGCUGGUGGAGAAUCAGAGGAAAUUCCAGCAGAGAAUCCAGCAGACGGAGAAUAAACUGCGGGAGCUGAGACAGGCUAUGGACAAUCUCAGGCGCUCUGCACAGGCAGCAGUGGAGGACAGUGAGAAGAUCUUUACUGAACUGAUUGAGUCCAUUGAGAGGAGACGCUCUGAGGUGAAAGAGCUGAUCAGAGCUCAGGAGAAGACUGAACUGAGUCGGGCUGAAGACCUCCUGAAGAAGCUGGAGCAGGAGAUUGCUGAUCUGAGGAGGAGAGACGCUGAGCUGGAGCAGCUUUCACACUCAGAGGAUCACAUCCAUUUCCUCCAGAAGCAGCUGGUGGAUAAUCAGAGGAAAUUCCAGCAGAGAAUCCAGCAGACGGAGAAUAAACUGCAGGAGCUGAAACAGGCUAUGGACAAUCUCAGGUGCUCUGCACAGGCAGCAGUGGAGGACAGUGAGAAGAUCUUUACUGAACUGAUUGAGUCCAUUGAGAGGAGACGCUCUGAGGUGAAAGAGCUGAUCAGAGCUCAGGAGAAGACUGAACUGAGUCAGGCUGAAGACCUCCUGAAGAAGCUGGAGCAGGAGAUUGCUGAUCUGAGGAGGAGAGAUGCUGAGCUGGAGCAGCUUUCACACUCAGAGGAUCACAUCCAUUUCCUCCAGAGUUUCCAGUCUCUCUCUGCUCCUCCUCAACCUGCAGACUUGCCCCAAAUCACUAUCAGUCCACAGUUCUCCAUGGAGGACCUGAGGAAAGCUGUGACUGGAGUGAUGGAACGAGUCAAACCAGACAUAGUCAAGUUCUCUGGAGGGAUUGCAUCUUCAUCCAUGAGGCCUGAUACUCGUCAGAGACCGCAAGUAACCCCUCAGUUACCUGAACCAAAGACCAGAGAGCACUUCCUGAAAUAUUCCCGUCAGCUCACUCUGGAUCCAAACACAGUACACAGUCGGCUCAUUCUGUCUGAGAGGAACAGAAAAGUGACUUUGAUGCGUCAGACCCAAAUAUACCCUGAUCAUCCAGAGAGAUUUGAUAUAGUGCAGCAAGUUCUCUGUAGAGAAAGUCUGACUGGACGCUGUUACUGGGAGGUCGAGUUUAGCAGGAAUCAUGUUGAUAUUGCAGUGUCUUAUAAAGGCAUCAGCAGGAAAGAAAGAGGUAAUAAGUCUGGAUUUGGAUGUAAUAAUCAGUCCUGGAGUCUAACGUUCUCCGACUCCCUUUUCUAUUUCAGACACAAUCAUUUCCAAACUAAUUUCUCUGUAAAGUCCAGCUCCUCCAGAAUAGGAGUGUAUGUGGAUCACAGUGCAGGAAUUCUGUCCUUCUACAGCGUCUCUGACACAAUGACCCUCCUCCACAGAGUCCACACCACAUUCACCCAGCCCCUCUAUGCUGGUUUUGGGUUUCAUUAUUGUCUUAAUUAUCUUCAGAUAUGUGAUCUUAAGUCAAAUGUAAAUAAAAGCUGAAUGUGUGU